AUGCCUGUCGAAAACCUGGAAGAUCAAGGCCUGGAAAAGAACCCCGACUUGGAAUUGGCCAAUUACAAGUUCCUGCUCACUUUGCCCGAAUUUCGAAAUGAUAAGGGGGUACAUGCGAAAAUCACUGAAGCUAUCAAGAAAGAUGAUAUGGCUCCUUGGUAUGAACUCGUUUGCCAAGACGCCGGCUGGAAAAAAGACGAAAAACUCCUGAAAACCUUCAAAACGAAAAACGAGGAACAAAUAAAGAAGCUGGACGAAGCUAUUGAAGAUGCGGAAAAGAAUUUGGGCGAAAUGGAAGUGAGAGAGGCCUACUUGAGAAAAGCCGAAUACUACAGUAGAAUAGGUGACAAAGAAAAUGCCAUCAGCACCUUCAGGCAAACCUAUGACAAAACUGUAUCUUUGGGGCACAGGCUAGACAUCAUUUUCCACUUGAUAAGAAUCGGGUUGUUUUUCAUGGACCAUGAUCUUAUCACGAGGAAUAUUGAAAAAGCUAAAACCCUGAUUGAGGAAGGAGGCGAUUGGGACAGACGCAAUCGCCUCAAAGUUUAUCAAGGGGCUUACUGUAUGGCUGUAAGAGACUUUAAAACUGCUGCUAACUUGUUUUUGGACACUGUUAGCACUUUUACUUCGUAUGAGUUGAUGGAUUAUAAGGCUUUUGUACGUUAUACGGUUUAUACUUCUAUUAUAAGUUUGCCAAGGAAUCAAUUGAGGGAUAAGGUUGUAAAAGGUUCAGAAAUCCUUGAAGUAUUACACUCUGAGCCUUUCGUCAAAGACUACCUGUUUUCCUUGUACAAUUGCCAGUACGCCGAUUUUUUCAAAAACUUAGCCAAAGUAGAAGAGAUAUUGAGAAAGGACUACUUCCUCAACCCCCACUACAGAUACUACAUCCGGGAAAUGAAAAUAUCAGCUUACACUCAACUGUUGGAGUCUUACAGGAGUCUCACUUUGCAGUACAUGGCUGAAGCUUUCGGCGUUACCAUGCAAUUUAUUGACGAGGAGCUUUCAUUUUUCAUUGCCACAGGCCGAGUGCACUGCAAAAUCGACAGGGUGGGCGGAAUAGUGGAAACCAACAGGCCAGAUUUGAAAAACGCCCAAUUCAAUGCUGUGGUGAAACAAGGCGACUUUUUACUGCAACGCGUCCAGAAACUAUCCAGAGUUAUUAAUAUUUAA